UGGCCGUGGCUUUAGCGAAUCGGUGAUGGCCACUCUACUAACAGCAUCAGCCUGCUGCUGUACCGAAAAAAAUCCAAGCUUCCAGGAGGCAGGAAUAACGAUGGUCUUGCUCAGUUUGCGGGUUAUUUUAUCUGUCUAGUUGAAAGCAAAAUACGACGAUACGGCACCGCCUCACUUUGCAAGUAGAAGCGAGGUGACGAGAGAUUGUCCAAAAUAACAAACGAACAAAGCCAAAACCACACAAGAAGCCUCCCCACAUCAGGAUUUUGGGUGCUGGCGAAUUCAGUUUUAUUUCCUGCCCGGGGUUUUUUGACCGAGUCAGACGGCCAAGCCGAGCGCGCUGUCCCACCGCUUCCCUCACGCUGUGGUGGGGCGGCUGCUGCGCAUGCGCGCUGCCCGCGGCGCGCAUGCGCACCACGGUAGGAGCAGGCCAUGGGAUUCCGCUGCGUAUCUGCCACGAUGCCUGGGUCUCUUCCAGUGAAUGCUGAAUCCUGUUGGCCCAAAGAUGUGGGAAUUGUGGCACUGGAAAUAUAUUUUCCCUCUCAGUAUGUUGACCAGACAGAGCUGGAGAAGUAUGAUGGUGUGGAUGCUGGGAAGUACACCAUUGGGCUAGGCCAAGCAAGGAUGGGGUUCUGCUCUGACCGUGAAGAUAUCAAUUCCCUCUGCUUGACUGUGGUUCAGAAGCUCAUGGAGAGGAAUAACCUUUCCUAUGAUUGUAUUGGGAGAUUAGAAGUUGGAACGGAGACCAUAAUUGACAAAUCAAAAUCUGUGAAGACUGUCCUGAUGCAGCUUUUUGAAGAGUCUGGUAAUACAGAUGUGGAAGGAAUCGACACCACCAAUGCAUGCUAUGGAGGCACUGCUGCUCUUUUUAAUGCCAUUAAUUGGAUUGAGUCCAGUUCCUGGGAUGGACGCUAUGCCCUCGUGGUGGCUGGAGAUAUCGCUGUGUAUGCCUCUGGAAAUGCCAGGCCCACUGGGGGAGCUGGUGCUGUUGCAAUGCUGGUUGGACCAAAUGCACCGUUGAUUUUUGAGAGAGGAUUGCGUGGAACCCACAUGCAGCAUGCGUAUGACUUCUAUAAACCAGACAUGGUCUCUGAAUAUCCUGUAGUGGAUGGCAAGCUCUCCAUACAGUGCUACCUCAGUGCAUUAGACCGCUGCUACACCGUCUAUCGCAACAAAAUCCACGCCCAGUGGCAAAAGGAGGGGAUGGACAGACAUUUUACCUUGAAUGACUUUGGGUUCAUGAUCUUCCAUUCUCCGUACUGUAAACUGGUACAGAAAUCUGUGGCUAGACUCUUGCUGAAUGACUUCCUCAGUGACCAGAACCCAGAAACAGCAACUGGUAUUUUCAGUGGUCUGGAAGCCUUCAGGGAUAUAAAACUUGAAGAUACAUACUUUGACAGAGAUGUGGAAAAAGCUUUUAUGAAAGCUAGUGCAGAGCUCUUCAAUCAGAAAACCAAAGCUUCAUUACUUGUAUCCAAUCAGAAUGGAAAUAUGUAUACCCCUUCAGUCUAUGGUUGCCUUGCCUCUCUUCUAGCCCAGUACACCCCAGAGCAGCUUGCGGGACAGAGAAUCAGUGUGUUCUCAUAUGGCUCUGGUUUUGCUGCUACCCUGUAUUCCAUCAGGGUGACACAGGAUGCCACUCCUGGUUCUGCACUGGACAAAAUAACUGCCAGCCUUUCUGAUCUCAAAACAAGACUUGACUCAAGAAAAUGUAUUGCACCUGAUGUCUUUGCUGAAAACAUGAAGCUCAGACAGGAAACACAUCACUUAGCAAAUUAUAUUCCGCAGUGUUCAGUGGAGGAUCUCUUUGAAGGAACGUGGUACCUUGUGCGCGUGGAUGAAAAACACAGGAGAACUUACGCCCGGCGCCCACUUAUGAGUGAUGGACCUCUGGAAGCAAGAGUUGGAGUUGUCCACCCAGGCGUUGUUCAUGAGCACAUCCCAAGCCCUGCUAAGAAAGUGCCAAGAAUCCCUGCAACAACAGAAUCUGAAGGCGUUACUGUCGCCAUUUCCAAUGGGGAGCACUAAGAUACCUCUGUGAGGUGGGGAAAGAAACGAGGUGUGAGGGCAGGGUGAGAGAGAGAGAGAGAAAAAGGAUUGCAGUAGCACUGAAGUUUCAGUGUACAGUAGUACUUAAUUGGAGCACGAAAAAACUGUUAAGGCUCCUUGAAAAAAAUCAUCAUUAUAUGGUGUGCUGAUUUUAUAGUAUUUUCAGAACACUAAAAUCAGGAGUAUAUUGGAGAUAGAAGGACUUGCCAGGUGCUGUGGGGAUUCCUUAACAUGUCUGAACUUUUUUAAUUGCUGAAAAAUAGCUGUAGUUUAUUACAAAGUCUUCAUACACAGAAAGGAAAAAAAAAGGAAUCUUCUGCCUGCUCUUCCAUGUAAAAUGACUUGAAACCUACACUGUUAACUUCUACUAGUACUCAAGUGUGUGCGAAAUAGUCCAAGCUUUUAAUGUUAGGGUUCUCAGUGCCUUGACAAUAAGCAGUCAACCUUCUGAAUACUGCAAUUCUCUUUCACUUUAUCACCUUCCCUUUCAUCUCCCAGUCUGCCUCCCAUCACCCCAUUGCUUUGGGAUAGGCAUAGAGCCAAGAACAUCCAUUUCUGGAAUAGAAUCUCUCUUCCCUGUCAAAAUGACUGGAUCAAGAACAGCUAGGCUGACAAGCGCUUUUCUUAGAAGAAACUCUGUGAUCCAAUUUCUUAGUUACUGUGUAAUCCCUCCUAACACCUUACACGUUUUAUACCUGCAUUCUAAGUCACAGGAGACUGGGAGGAAAGAUUUAGAAGAAGGGAGGUAGUAAAUUUUUUAUUCUAAAGAAAGGGGAUCAUUGAUUAGGCACCAUAAUGGAUUGCUUAGUAGAAUAUCCAAGGCAGCAGACUUUUCAACUACGAUUUAGAGCUAUUGUGGAGCUGUUUUAAUUGGCCAGCGAAGGAAGAGACUGAUGUUCAUCACUUUGUCUGGAACUCCAGCCUAUUAGUUGUCUUUAUAUAAUACAUUUCCAAAUGACUCUUUCUCGCUUUGAAUUUGGCUUUGUACUUUGCAGUCGUUCUCACUAUUGUUAAUACUGUAGGAGUGGAGUCUUUCAUUUCUUUCCCCCUUCCCCAAUGUGCAAGCUAAAGUUAUCCAUUUUGCAAGCAGUAGAUACAUAUACAGUGGUUAUGGGGAGUCCAUUCUGGUAGAAUUUUAAAGCCCAGAUUGGAAGUGAACUAUGAUAUGAGCCUUUUAAGCUUGUAAUAUAUAUAUAUAUACAUACAUAUAUAUAUAUAUAUAUAUAUUUAAGUUGAGCUAAUGUACAGAAUGAAGUUUCAUUGAAUUUAUUUCUUUGCUAAUUCUACAAAGCUACAUCAUCUAAUAUAAAGUAGCAAAAAAUUAUUUCUGUUAAUUACAUUUUUUGUGUGUGUGUAAUGAAGUGUUUGUAUUACCUGUCACUCACUAGGAUUUGAUAACUUGCUGUAUUUGUACAGUCAAGCCUUGAUAAAUAGUUGUUUAUUAUAAAUUGAUGAAUACUAAUCUGUUUGUUCUGCUGAAAAUGAUGGAGCAAUGCAUGAUGAUAGUGUUUGCAAGUAUUUUGGUUUAGGCUGCCCUCAUGAAACUUAACCUUGGCACUGUAAAACAAACUGUCAUGGAACAAAGUCCAUUGCUGGCAGUGGACAAGCCAAGAAGCGAGCUACUGGCACAGGUCUCACGGGUCUGUGAGGCUGAUCCUUUAUUAAAAUAAAGUUUGAGAUAUUUGAAA